AUGACACAAAAUAUUUUAACAGUUUAUUCUACAGAUUCAAAUGGAAGUGAAAAAAAGAAUCAUAUGAUAAAAACUUAUUCAUUUAAUACAGAUGAUGAUGAUACAAUCCAAACGGCAAAUUCUCUUACAAUUCCCAAUCAUAAAUUAAUAUCGAUAAAUUCUCCUUCAAUCGAUAGUGCGAAUCUUGAUGAUGAGUCGUCAGAAGGCAGCAGCAAACGCAAAACAAAAAAAUCACGACAAACACAUGAAUCUGAGAAAAAAAUUCCGAACAAACCUCUUCCAAUAAAGAAACCUCCAUGGUAUAAAAAGAUCAAUUGGUCAAGACCAUUAUUAAUCGUGGGUUUAUUAAUCUUGCUCUAUUUAAUGUGGACGAAAAAAGAUACAUGGAUUCCUCGAUUAUUAACAUCAAAUGCUCGUAUUCAACGUUCUCUCGUUGUAAAAGACAGAGAAAUAUCAAAUGAUUUAACAGAUUCAUCUUCACGUAUACCAUCAACAGAUACAACAAAAUCAUUAAAAGAUUCACAAAUGAAAUCUAAUCUUAAACAAGAUAUUAUCGAAAAUAGCGAAGAAAAAAAUGAUGAUGAUCAAAAUAAAAGUGAACGAACUAAUAUUAGAAACAAUGAAGAUUCAACAAGUUCUUCUACUAAAUCACAGAGUGGUCAGAGAAUUAAUAUUCGAAUUCGAAGAAACAAAAUGAGUUUUAGUAAAGAACAUCAGAAGAAGAAACAUAGACAUUCACAAAAUAUUCAUGCUGAUGAUGAUGAUAAUGAUGAUGAUGAUGAUGAUUUAGACGAUAUUAAUCAUACAGAAGAAAAUAAAUCCAUUAAAGAAAAAAAACCGAUUAAAGAAAAUAAACCUAUUAAACAAAAUAAAUCCAUUAAAGAAAAUAAAUCCAUUAAACAAAAUAAACGUAUUAAACAAAAUAAACGCAUUAAACAAAAUAAACGUAUUAAACAAAAUAAACGUAUUAAACAAAAUAAACUAAUUUCAUUACCGCAUCAUCGUUCACAGAAAAAAAAUCGUCAUCGACGAAUUAAUCAACAUGAAAAUUUGAAGAGUAUUGUUCCUUCAAAAUCCGGUAUACGUUUGUCUACAUAUAAUGAUAUUAUUUAUCAAUUAAGAAAAAAUCUUAAAUCUCGAAGUCGACGCCGACAGUUUUUAUCAACAUUAUCGAAAACGACUGGUUUAAAAAAAAAGAAACUAUAUAGACUUAUUCAUAAAAAAGACUUUCGUCUUUUAUCAACACAAACAUUUAUUUCUAUUUUAGAUACAUUUAACUUAACGCUUUUAGUUGUACCAAAAGAGAUUUAG